AUGAUGCAGAUGUUCUUGAGAGGACCCCUGUCCUCCCUGGCGGGACCCCGCCGAGCCCCUCCGCUACCUGCGAGGCCGCCUCCGCCAUGGUGCAGGCAGACGCUGCGCCUCCCCGUCCACCGCCGCCUUUACCGGGUCCCGCCCCCGCCCCGGCGGAAGCGGGAGGCGCCGCCGAGCCCGACGGGAGCCGGAGCGGGGAUGGUUCUGGAGUCGCUGCGGCCGCGGGUGGUUCGCUGGGCGCUGCUGGCCGCCUUCGCUGCCGGCGUGCUGGUGGGCUGGCAGGCCAGCCGUGCCCGCCGCCGGUUCCUCCGCUGGCGCCAGCGCCGCCUCCAGCGCCGCCUCGACGCUGCCCGGGAGCAGCUGGAGGCGACCUGAGCUGCAGAGAGCCCUCGCCUCGCCGCGGUGGGCGCUGCGUGAGCAGAACCGGAUUCGCCCCACGCCGUUGUUGGAGCCGGUGACAACGGCAUCAGAGCGCUGCUGGAAACGGAGAGCAUCCAUGGAACACGAGGGCCUGUCUUCUGUCCUUCAGAACCGCAUCAGACUGACCUAACGAACUAUUGAGGGUGUAGGAACAACGACACCAAAUGUAUUUUCUUGUUUGUAUUUGUCCUGCUUUUAAGUCUGCUACUGAUGUCCGCUGCUCUGCCCUCGCCAAGAAGCGCUGCUGAUACAUUAAACUAGCAAAAAUCAUGA